GAGGAAACACCAACCCGUGCCCUCAGGAUGCCAAUGACGUGGUUGUGCAGCAGUACGCGCGGGCCUAUCUUUGGUAUGUACUAACCAAGGUAGUCUUCUCAGAUGCAACCGGGAACUCAGCCCUCUGGAUGUUCUUGGAGCCACUUAAUAACUGGGAUACCCAGUAUAGCUGGGGUUCGGCCGCACUAGCAUACUUGUAUCGUCAGCUUGACUUGGCGUGUCGGAGGAAGGGAGGUACAUCCUCAUUGUCUGGGUUUGUUUGGAGCCUAUCCGUGUGGAUGUGGGAGCGGAUCCCGGUUGGACGGCCCGAUUUGAAGAACCCCCCUCAUGGCAAACCCACGGGGUAAUCAUGACGGGUUGCAUGAUGAUGAUCCAUAUCGGCGCCCUACGCUUGCUUACUAUUGGGAACAAGUGACAGUGUACACAGGAAGCUCGCAUGUGCGAUACAAGUGCUAUAUGAACGAGCUGGACACCUUGACUGCUGAGCAGGUACAUUGGUUGCCUUAUGUGGAAGAUCGUGACUUUGAUCUUAAUGAGAUGUGCACGCGUGAUAGCCAUCUUUGGCGGGCGAGGUGCCCAAUGAUAUGCUUCUUCGCAGUCGAGUGGCACUUUGUAGACCGUGUGGCAAGACAAUUUGGAAAAAGACAAGGUAUUCCAAUUGAGGAGAGCAAGGAGGAAAUGCUAUCUCUGCAUCGGUUCGAUCGAAGGAACAAUCAGGAUAUAUCGGAUUGGGCAAACAAACACCGUGUGUGGAUAGAAAUUUGGAAUCAAAGAGACACCUGA